AUGAAGCGACCUCGAUAUGGGAAACAAGAGGAGGAAAAAGGUCAGUUGUACGUCGCCUUCGCUUUGAAACUCUUCUAUGCACCGUCUUUAGACCUCGGACGAUAUCAUUGUGCGACUAUACGGGGACUGAGUGCCCGCUGUCUUUUUGGGAUCAGUAUCUCGUUCAUAAUCGCUGGAGGUGGACCGGCGCAGUCGAAGAUCGCUCCAGUCUGGUCCUUCAACGAUGACGGGGACAGCACGUUUGAUGGUGGUAAGAGCAAGUUAGAGCUAUUCUCCAUCAACAAGGAGCUGGUACUCGUCACCAAGCACAGUCCGUUGCAGCUUACACCUGCUGAGAAAACAGCUUUUGUCAAGGUUUAUCGCUCCUUUGAAGAUCCAAACGUUGUUCAACAUAAGCAACUUGCUUAA